UAUCUGUUUCGAGAUUUGGCAUUAGAACAGUAAUUCCGUCUACAAGAUUUCCACUUUUUCUUCUAUUACCAUGUCUCUGUGCGCUCUCCUGAUUUUUGCUGUUCCAGUGGUGUUAAGCAAGGCAGCUGGCCCAGCCCCUUGUUGUAUAGGCAAGCAGUUCUCCGCUUACAUCGAUGAGACUGGAGGUCAACCAACAGCAUCGGGCGGGAAAUUUAUUGAUCAACAACUGUAUCUGCAGUUUGACUACACCAACAAAAGGACGUACGUGGAGGGCACCCUGAUACUUCCCACCGGUCCCUUACCUUACAAAGUGGUCAACGACUACGCCGCGAAUGUAACCUACUCUUUCACCAAUGGUGCCUGUUACACCAUGGGGCCUCCUUCUUUCCCUCUGCAAGAUCCAUGCCAACUAUCUACUGCGCGUUACGUGGGGACGUCACAGCUGGGGUCCCCCUCCCACCACAUCACCGUCAACACGUAUCAGCUUGACCUUGGGGAUCUGAGUGUCAAGGCCGUACUGAGCGCCGACGGAAGCUGUACCCCCAUCAUGGAGUCGCUAGUUGGAAACAUGGGAGGAGUUGCUGAGCAGCUGACGCUGUUUUUCUCUAACUACACCAGGGGACUGACCCAGGAGUCGGUGUUUAACUUCGACAGGUCGACCUGUGGUCCAUUACCCAGUGCACCAACCGCAUAAUAAACCUUGUCUUAGUCUGACUUAGUGUCAUAAUAAACCUUGUCUUAGUCUGA